CUGCUGAGCGCCAAGUAUCAACGAAGAUUGUUGUUGUGUUGGCUUAGAGAAGCAUAUAAAUGUUGGCGCACUUCGGAGUGGCUUUCAGCUGAACUCAUUAUAGCAUCCCUCAAUGUCUCAAUCUACAACCUUAUCAGAAUUCGAUAUCAUAUUUGCUGGAGGCGGUGCUACAGCUUGUGUUAUCGCAGGGCGCCUAGCUGCGUGCGAUCCCUCUCUCAAGAUCUUGAUUUUGGAAGGGGGUGGACACACCCUCGAUCAAGAUGCUCAUGUUCAACCCUACCUAUACGCCACCCAUCAGGCGCCGACAAGUACAACUGUGACACCCUAUGUUGCAAAUCCUUCUCCGAGUCUCAAUGGUCGUGCACCAAUUGUUAGCGUCGGUCAUUGCGUUGGUGGAGGCUCAAGUGUGAAUUUUAUGGUAUACACUCGUGCGCCUGCCUCAGAUUACGAUGACUGGGGGGUCGAUGGUUGGGAAUCGAAGCAUCUAAUUCCUCUCAUGAAGAAGCUGGAGACAUAUGAGGAGCAGCCUGUUGGUGCAACUCAUGGACGCAAUGGACCCAUCAAGGUGUCUUAUGGUGGCCGCAAACCAGGUAUCUGGGAAGAGUUCAUCCAUGUUGGUACAACCUAUCACAAGAGGCCAUAUGCCGACGACACGGAUGAUUUAGAAACAUGCAACACCUACAGCCCGUGGCCAAAGUACAUUGGCGGAACGACCGGAAGGCGGUCUGAUGCGGCCCACCACUAUAUCUACAACCAAGCCCACAACCCGAAUUUACAACUCUGGGUCGGCAAGCGCGUGAAGCGCGUUAUCUUUGAGGACAAGCGUGCUGUAGGUGUUGAGUUUAUUAGCGAUCCAGUAACUUGCCCAGGUGCGGAUCAAUCGUCGAGUAUCGUGAGAGCAUCAAAGCUUGUUGUUGUCUCUGCUGGGGCAUUUGGUUCCCCAACAAUUCUCGAGAGAUCGGGGAUCGGUGCCGAGAGGGUCCUCAAGCACUGUGGCAUCGAGCAACUUGUGAACUUGCCUGGCGUUGGAGAAAAUUACCGAGAUCACAAUGGCGGCUUCGCUCCAUUCUUUGCUUCUGACGAGGCUGUCACCUUGGACUCUCUCUGGCGUGGAGAGAAGAGUGUUAUGCAGGACAGCCUCGCGCAAUGGAAAAUUAAUGGAAAUGGCUGCGAUGCAAAAAUCAAGUGGCGGCCAGAUGACGAUGAACUGAGAGCCAUGGGUUCGGGUUUUCAAGCAACGUGGAAAGAAUUCUUCGAGGAUCGCCCAGAUAAGGCUGUUUCUAUACUCGCUCCAUGUGCGGGAUUCGUUGGACUCUCGAGUGCCCUUCCUCAUCGCAAUUACCUGGGUGCUGGCUAUUUCACACUUUACCCCAAGUCUGUUGGCAGCGUUCAUAUCAAACUGGAAGAGAACGGUAAGGAAGGCAUCGACUUCACCACAGGCUUCCUGGACGAUCCAUCCGAUAUCAUACCUCUUAACUUUGGGUACAAGAGGCUGCGCGAACUCAUUCGACGCAUGCCUUCCUACCGAGGUGAAGUCUCCGCCGGCCAUCCUUGUUUCCCAGAGGGAAGCGCUGCGAUCUGCGGCGAAGCGUCCGGGCCUGUGGACAUGCACGCACCUGACAUCAUCUACACUGCUGAAGAUGACGAGGUAAUCGACAAAUUCCAUCGUGCCACCAUGCAAACGUCGUGGCACUCGCUCGGGACUUGUGCCAUGAAGCCGGAGUCAGAUCAAGGAGUUGUCGAUGCUCGGCUAAAUGUGUAUGGCGUGGCGAACCUGAAGGUUGCAGACAUGUCUAUCGCACCGAAAAACGUUGGCACGAACACGUACUCGACGGCACUGCUCAUUGGAGAGAAGGCUGCGAUGAUCAUUGCUGAAGACUUGGGUAUCGAUGUUGGGCUAUUGGCGCGUCUUUGAUAUGCAUGCUUGUAGGAGUAAUCACGAGCAUUUCCGACGCUUUGCGUCAUGUCCAACUGUUUUUACGCAACAAAGUUGUAUCGACAGGUAUCUGUCUGAAGAACAAAUUUACUAUUGCAUGGAGC